AUGGCGAGCCAGCGUUUACUCUCCCGUGCCACAAGGGCUCUACGAUUCUCCCUGGCUUCCAGGCAAUUACUUCGCCCCUCAUCGACUUCGUCUAAACAUCCAUCCGGCUUUACGCCACCUACCACGGAGGAUCUCUACGAGUUGCGAGAACGGGUACAAGAGUUCACACGGCGGGAAAUACCCGAAGAAGUUGCAGCAGCGACAGACCGCAACAAUGAGUUCCCCAAUGCAAUGUGGAAGAAACUCGGUGAAGCUGGCUUCCUUGGCAUGACUGCUGAUGAAGAAUAUGGAGGCCUUGGGAUGGGCUACCAAGCGCAUUGCGUCGUGCUUGAGGAGAUUAGUAGAGCGUCUGGGUCAAUUGGACUCUCGUAUGCUGCGCACUCGCAGUUAUGCGUGAAUCAGCUGUGCUUGAACGGGUCGGAGGAGCAGAAGGGAAGAAUACUGCCAGGCCUCGUAUCCGGAGAUAAGGUCGGAGCGUUGGCCAUGUCAGAGCAUUCGGCCGGGAGUGAUGUUGUGAGCAUGAAGACAACAGCAAAAGAAGCUGAUGGUGGUUGGGUAUUGAACGGGACGAAGAUGUGGAUUACAAACGGACCCGAUGCGGAUUACAUCGUCGUAUAUGCGAAAACAGACCCAGCAAAGCAGUCACGCGGUAUCACUGCAUUCAUUGUGGAGAAGUCGUCCAAGGGCUUCUCGUGCGCCAGAAAACUGGACAAAUUAGGAAUGAGGGGCUCUAACACUGGAGAGCUGAUAUUCGAGGAUGUUUUUGUGCCCAAAGAGAAUGUAUUAGGAGAGCUGAACAAGGGCGUCACCGUUUUGAUGGAGGGUCUCGAUCUUGAAAGGCUCGUGCUCAGCGCUGGUCCCUUAGGCAUCAUGCAAGCGUGCCUCGAUCUGGUGCUGCCAUACACCCACACCCGCAAACAAUUCGAAACCCCCAUCGCACACAAUCAACUGGUGCAAGGAAAGCUAGCAGACAUGUAUACUAAGUUGCAGGCAGCAAAAGCGUAUACAUAUACCACGGCGAAGAUGGUGGACGAAAAGGGUGAAGUCCGAACACAAGAUUGUGCUGGCGCAAUACUAUAUGCUGCUGAGCGUGCGACCGAGUGCGGCCUUGAUGCGGUGCAACUGUUAGGUGGCAAUGGCUACGUCAACGAAAUCCCGGCUGGACGACUUCUCAGAGAUGCGAAAUUGUACGAAAUUGGUGCCGGGACCAGCGAGGUCCGGAGAAUGGUCAUAGGUCGGGCGUUCAAUAAAGAAUACGCCAGGCAGGCGGUGUAA